GGCGGGCGGGGCGGGCAGCGCGGGCGAGAGAGGCUCAGAGGAUUCGCGCCGCGCACGGUGCCGCUGCCGCCAUAGUGGGAACUGCGGGUCACUGGCUUUGGGUGAGGAUUCAGAAUGGGAGACAAGCCUAUCUGGGAGCAGAUUGGGUCCAGCUUCGUACAACAUUACUACCAGCUCUUUGAUGCAGACAGGACCCAGUUAGGAGCAAUAUAUAUUGAUGCAUCAUGCCUUACGUGGGAAGGACAGCAGUUCCAGGGCAAAGCAGCUAUUGUUGAAAAACUCUCUAGCCUUCCUUUCCAAAAAAUACAACACAGCAUCACAGCACAAGACCACCAGCCUACACCUGACAGCUGUAUACUCAGUAUGGUAGUGGGACAGCUUAAGGCUGAUGAAGAUCCUAUCAUGGGAUUCCACCAGAUAUUUCUAUUAAAGAACAUCAAUGAUGCCUGGGUUUGCACCAAUGAUAUGUUCAGGCUAGCACUGCACAACUUUGGCUGAGCUGGCAACCCCGAGGCACUCGUGCUUUUUUUUCCUUCUGUCCUCUUCCUGAUACUAUUCACACUCACAGAACAUUCCAAAUAUCAUACACAAACCUGCAGCACUGCAGAGCGUGAGCAAGCAAGACCUGUGACCUGUCCUUCUGCUGAGUUUACAUUGUUACUAGAUGAGUUCCUUGUGCAUGAUGUUUGGAAGUUAGACUUAGCUGCAUUUGACAAGAGAAAUUUGUGUUGUACCAGCAUGCCUCGGAAAGAAUUUAUAAUACAAAAGGUUGCUGUUUAUGUACUGACAAGAUGCUCUAUAAUCCAAAGAAAUGAAAGAACAGCAGCCUGUACGGCCCAGAUAUUGAUUUGUUCAGAUGUUUCGAUGCUACAUUACACAAUAAAACCAUGAGAUUUUCUUAACAGUUUAAA